CUUUUAUCAGCUGUUUGGACUCUCAUUCUGACGGCACCCAUUCACUGCAAAGCAUCCAUUGGAAAUCAACUGAUGUUAUGCAAAAUUUCUCCAAAUAUGUUCCGAUGAUGAAACAAACUCAUCUACAGCUUGAAGGACCAGGUGUAUGCCAGUAGAGGUGGGCAGCAGGAGGUUUGCCAGUCUCUCCCUGAGCAAGGCCUGCGGCACGCUGGGCAUAACAGGUGUUAACCGAAGAAGGCAACAAUGUGGAGGCAGCAGAAAACGCUUCCAGAUGUCUCUGGUUAAAGAGGGGAGAGCACUGGGGGUAGUAGAAUGCCACAACAGGACGAGGAGGAAGCCUAAUGUUUACUAUAUGUUUUGUUUUCUUAUGAACAAGUAGCUUUCUCACUUCACAAGAUAAGAAUGUUCCAUUGGAGUGCUGUGGAUCAUUUGUGGAUUAUUGUGAUGUUUUUAUCAUCUGUUUGGACUCUCAUUCUGACGGCACCCAUUCACUGCAGAGCAUCCACCGGAAAGCAACUGAUGUUAUGCAAAAUUUCUCCAAAUCUGUUCUGAUGAUGAAACAAACUCAUCUACAUCUUGGAGGGCUUGAAGAUGAGUACAUUUUCAUUUGAACUAUUCCUAAUAAAUAUGAGAAACAAAAAUGGUACGGCUGCAGUAAAUGAAAACACGAAUGUUAAACAAGUUGUAAAACCCCGUACGGAGAGCGGCUUCUUGUUUUUUUUUGUUUUUUUGUUUCUCUUGCACGGACACCAUGGUGAAAUAAACAGGAAGAUAACAUGAAAACAUAAAAUCUCAAAAUUCAUCCUUUAAACCCCAUUUUAAAAUCAGACAUUAAAGUCAAUGAAUAGCUUCUCUUCCUCAAUAUUUCUGCUGAUGAUUGUUGUGGCAAAUUACUGUCAAGCACUGAUAAUAAUAAGAAAUAAAUAUAUUUAAAAACAAAGAAACAGGGCAGUGGGCUAAAUCAGCCACCACUUGGACUUUUCCCGGUUUUCCUGAUGGCCAUUCCGAGCCUGGUUAUGAUGCAGCACUGACUUGCAAUGUGUACUGCACACUGAGGGUCACUUAUGCCUGCUGCAAAACAACCACUAAAGGGGUGAUUUAUAUAAUUGUAUCAUCAUUUAUUGGAGAGGGGUUCGGACAAAGAUUGUAUCUGUUGUACAAAGAGGUGUCUUAUUUGACCUCGGUGGUGUUUGUCCAAGUCACAUCGUAGAGUAGAAGAGGAAGACCACAUCUGCCACACAUGUGCGUCACUGUCUGUAGACUGUGUAAAAUUCAGCAGUAAUGUUUAAUAAGUGUAAUGUUAAUGUUUGAGAGACACUUCUGCUUUUCACACCUACUUUGACUUUUCUUGUAAACACAGAGGAAGUCUGUUAAGUGUUAAGACUCAGUCCUUGCUGUCUGUGCGUCUCAGAAAGCUGUAGUCUCUGAUCUGUGACAGCAUGAACCAGCUUUAUAUCCUUUUAUUGGUCCUUUGGUCAGCUUUCAAUCCGUCUGAUGCAUGGCGCCCUCAUGGACUUACAACACAAGAUCCAUGGCAGACUAUGACUGAAAGUCAUCAAACAUUUUCAACAGAUAUUUACCCAAAUGUUUCGACAAAUGGAAAUACUGCGAGAACAGAGGAGUAUGGAAAUCACACGAAGUCUGACAAUGUCCCAAAGCCCAACAUCACAGUGUACCGACAGACAGAGGACAGAGAGCAAGUGAUCGUGCUGUGCAAGUUUGCAGAAAUGUUUAGAGGGACAUACAGAAGGCAGUCUAUUGAGCUGACAGUGGAGAGUGAACUGAAGUACACCAUAGAACCACUGCGAUUGCAUCCUUUCUAUUAUUAUUAUUAUUCUCAAGAAAUGCGUGUGUUUCUGGUCACUGUGCGUCCACCUGCUUCCUUCACCUGUGUUCAAGAGAACCUGCGCACCCAGACGUACAAUUACACUGGGUCAGUCUCAGAUCAUCAUGAAGAAGGAGCAUCUUUAUUAUACAUCUGCUUUUCCUCCUUCAUUGCUGUUGGUCUCUUCAUCAUGACUGCAGCAGUGAUUGUGAUCAACAUCAGGAGCAAAACUAAAGACACCAACUCCACAGCAGUUACUGACAAUGACUACGGGGAAGCAUAAAACAUCAUAAGAUAACAGAACAGGUCUGAGGAAAAA